GCGUGGGAGGGCAGCCUGCUGCACGGGGUGCUGCCGGGGGCGCUGCAGCAGGAGGAGGAGGAGGACGAUGGCGGGGAGGGGGAGGGGCAGGGGGUGUACGGCGGCAUGAUCGGCGGCGAUGAGGCGGGCGGCGGGCGCGGGGCUGCAGGGGAGCAGCGGGGCAGGGAGGGUGAGGUGGAGGGCGACGAAGACGAGGGGGAGUCGGGGGACUACUCGAUGGAGCAGGAGGGGGAGGGCUCCAACGGUGGAGGCACGCCCGCCGCAGGGGGCGGCCAGCAGCAGGGAGCAGCGCCAGCGCCAAGCGGCGGCGCCGCGGCCCCAGCCGCGGCGCCUGGCGCUGCUGCAGCGACGCCCGUCGGCGCCGCAACGGCUGCGGCCCCGGGCGGUGUGGCGGCGCGGCCCCGGCUGCCGCCGGACCCGUGCCGCACGACACUCGUGCUGGCGUGGUGGCGGGGCGACCCCCGGGACACCCUCAGGAGCCUGGAGGGGGACAGCGCCGGGGGCGGCGCGGACGAGGGCGGCGCCGGCGGUGCGCCCGCAGAGAUGCCAUCGGGUGCGGGGCCGGAGGGGGGCAGCUCCCAGGUGCCCGGCUGGCCGCGCCCCAUGAUGACGGUGCCAGUGGCGAGGCCUCCAGCGGCAAUGACGUCCGGCGGCGGCGGCGCGGGCCCGGCUGCGGCUGCGGCCGCUGCGGCGGACGUGGCUGCUCCGUUGGCGGCGCCUGGGGGUGGUGGUGCGUGGGCUGACGAUCUGUUCAUGGAGGAGGGCGAGUGGGAGGCGCUGGAGGCCGAGGCGGCGGCGGCCGCGGGCAGCGGCACGGCCCAUGCCAUAGAGGCGGCGGCAGGGCAGGUCAGCCCCUGCUGGGUGGCCGUCGACGCGGCGCCCGAGGGCGAGGGCGAGGGCAAGGGUGAGGGCGAGGGCGAGGGCGGCGGCCUGGCGCAAGCGCGCCUGCCGCCGCUGCGAUUUUUUCUGCCGAGUGCCGAUGCGGUCGAGGCAGCUUACCCCAUUGCAUGA